ACCAAGUGUAACUAUGAUAAUGUACCGUGUACGAUUUUUCCUUUGAGGCUUUGCUCGAGACGCGAGACGCGAGAGAGAGAGGAGAGAAUGAAAAAAUCUAUACCAUACGAACAGAGUUCGGAACAGGCCCAAGCUGUUACGGAGUCCGCACUCUUUUAGUCUACAUCUCUAAAUUUUCUGCAAGAAAAAGUAAUUUCUUUCUUGUUGCGGGGACUGGUAGAAAGUAAUUGGAAAUCAAUUGCUGAAACUGGGCCAAUGGAAUCAUUUGACGGAUAAUUCUCAAAAUUGGGAAAAAGUUAAUGGAUUGCUUCUCUAUAUUUUGAUUACGUUGUCAUUUUCUGAAAAUUUUCAGCUGUCGAAUUAGAGUAUGCUAAAAAGAUCAAAUUUUUGGAUACGUACAUGGGAAAAACUACAGUGGUUGCGCAGGACUCCUACUUUUCCUUUUUCUACCUGUGGGAAAAAUGGAAGUUUCAGUGAUGGAACAGAGUCUGAGACUGAAUGGGAAAGAUUACUUAAGCCAUUUGACCUAAUAGAACUCCGAAAAUCACUCAAUAAAAUUUCUCCAUUUCAGCUUAAUAAAUUGCUGGAGCUCCCACUGGAUGUGUCAACAUCGAUGGAGUUGUUUCAGUGGGCCGGUGCCCAGAAGGGCUAUUGCCAUUCGUUUGAUGUCUACUAUACUUUGAUUGAUAAAGCUGGGGCUGCUGGGGAUUUUAAGAUCAUUGAUAGGUUAUUAAUGCAGAUGAAAGAAGAAGGGAUAGUUUUUACAGAGUCUCUUUUCAUUAUGAUUAUGAGGCACUAUGGAAGAGGUGGUUUGCCUGGGCAAGCAACCAGGUGGCUUUUGGAUAUGAGGACUACAUUCUCUUGUGAACCUACAUUUAAGUCUUAUAAUGUUGUGUUGGAUAUUCUGCUGGCAGGGAACUGUCCAAAAGUUGCUCCAAAUGUUGUUUAUGAGAUGUUGAGCAAGGGCAUCUCCCCUACUGUUUUUACUUUUGCUAGAGUAAUGAAAGCACUUUGUAAAGUGAAAGAGGUUGAUUCUGCAUGCUCCCUCCUCAGAGACAUGACGAAAUAUGGAUGUGUGCCGAAUUCAAUAGUUUAUCAGACACUUAUACACGCUCUAUCUGAGACCAACAGAGUGAAUGAAGCUUUGAAACUUUUGGAAGAGAUGUUUCUCAUGAGUUGCUUACCAGAUGUCAAUACAUUCAACGACGUCAUAAUUGGUCUUUGUGGUGCUGAUCGUGUUCAUGAGGCCGCCAAAUUGGUAGAUAGGAUGCUUAUUCGAGGGUUUGCCCCUGAUGCUAUAACUUAUGGAGUUUUAAUGCAAGGGCUAUGUAAAACAGGUCAGGUGGACGAAGCAAGGGCACUGCUGAUGAAAGUGCCCUAUCCUAAUGUUAUCCUGUUUAAUACUUUGAUUAAUGGCUAUGUCACACACGGUCGAUUUGACGAAGCAAAAUCUAUAUUAAACAAGAACAUGUUUGGUACUGGCUGUCAGCCAGAUGUUUAUACUUUUAAUAUACUUCUUCGUGGGCUUUGCAAGAAAGGAUUCUUUGCCUCAGCUCACCAAGUGGUGGAGGAGAUGUCAUCUUAUGGUUGUGAGCCAAACGUUAUCACCUACACCAUUUUGAUUGAUGGCUUCUGCAAGGAAGGCCGGUUGGAAGAAGCCAAUGACAUUAUGGACGAAAUGUCAUCCAAAGGUCUCUGCCUAAAUACGGUGGGAUAUAACUGUCUAUUAUCUGCCUUCUGCAAGGACAAUAAGAUACAUGAGGCGAUGGAAAUCUUUAGUGAUAUGCCCAGCAAAGGAUGUAAGCCUGACAUAUUCACGUUCAAUUCUUUGAUAAAUGGGCUUUGCAAAAUUGAUAAGAUGGAAGAGGCACUUCGCUUGUACCGAGAUAUGUUCACAGAGGGAGUUAUAGCGAAUACUGUAACAUAUAACACAUUGAUUCAUUCUUUCCUGAGGAAAGGUGCAAUUCAAGAAGCAUUUAAGCUAGUUAACGAUAUGUUAUUCAGAGGAUGUCCCCUUGAUGACUUCACUUACACUGGACUUAUAAAAGCACUGUGCCAAGAUGGGGCAAUAGAAAAGGCUGUGGGUCUCUUUGAAGAAAUGUUGAGAAAGGGGCUGAAUCCUAAUACUAAAUCAUGCAAUAUUUUGAUUAAUGGCUUAUGCAAAGCUGGGAAGGUACAAAAUGCCCUUGAAUAUUUGAGAGAGAUGCUUCAUCGAGGAUUAAAACCCGAUAUAGUCUCAUAUAACAGUCUUAUAAGUGGUUUAUGCAAGACAGGACGUGUUGAGGAAGCUCUUAAUCUCUUUGACAAAUUACAAAGUCAAGGUGUCUGUCCAGAUGCUGUCACUUAUAACAUCUUGAUAGGUUCUUACUGUAAAAUGGGCAUGCUUGAGGAGGCAUAUGCACUUUUAACUAGAGGUGUGUCCCAUGGAUUGACACCAGAUAAUGUAACAUGGCACAUACUAGUCACCAAUUUGUUGAAAAGGGUAAUGAGGAGAGGUUAAAUGAUUGCCUUGUCUAUAUUAGGUCAGUAUACACUUGUUUUCUUCAAUUUAAAUGCCUCUACUCAAUAACCUGUUUCAUGUCAACUGUAUCAAGAAUGAAAUCAUUUCUCGCUCUCUCUCCAACAUUUUCUAGUUGUGCCACUACUUUUUCCUGCUAUUCCACUCUCAGCAAUCCAUUAUUUUAUGCAAAACCUACAGACACAUGCUUGCUGCUAAAUCUCUCCAAAGCCCUAAUUUUUUAUCCUGAAUUUCUGUGAAGCAUUUCCUAGUGAACUGUGCAAAUCCCUCAAAUUGUAAUUGAAUUUGAAGCUUGCACGCCGCUUUGAGGUCGGGUGAAAUUCACGUGAUUGUGGGUCCAAUGUUAACCAGCAAGACCACAGAUCUUCUCAGGAGAAUUAAGCUCGAGAGCAGUAAUGGCAGGUUGGCAGAUUGUUACUCUCUUUCUUUUUCUUUUUUUUUUAAUGAGUUAUUUGGGGUUUAGUCGAUAUGUUUUGACGAUAAUGCUCUAUUGUAGUUCUAAAAAGAAUCUUAUCUUUAUUUUACACUGUAAUUUAUUUUCGCAUUA